AGUUAUAAUCUGGUUUUCCCUACUUUCGUUUUGGUAUAUGUGGAGGUAAUAACACGAUAACUAUUUGAUUAAUCCAAUACUUACAGGAUAUUCAGUUUCUUUUUAGAUGGAAUGUUGAAAUUAUUUACAAAGGUUGAAAGAACAUUCUGGUAAUAUAAGCACACCACGCAUUUUCUUCAAUAACUCGCACAGUAAACUUUAAACCGAGAAGUAAAUAAAUCAUUAUUUACAACUAUUCAAAGACUACUUUACAUUUUCAAAAAGGAAGAUAAAUCUGCAGUUGAUACUACGUGCAAGUUGUCAUAUAAAAAUUGUUUAAAAUGACAGAGAUGAUACUGAUGGAUGCAAUAGGCUUAACAAGAGCAAACAGUGACAACAGUGAUAGAACCAGAACAGCCCCUAAUCCUAAAGAGUCCAAGAGAAGUGAAACACACAAACAUCAACAGGUAAGCCGACCAGCUAAGAACAGAGACAAAGGCAGUGGGGAUGUCAUAGAUGAAAUGUUGAAUAUCAUAAAAAAAAGAGAACUAGAAAUAGAACAAUUAAAGGAAAAAAAUGAAAGGGCCGAGCAGAGAAUUCGAGACACUGAAAGACGCUCUAAUGCAGUAACAAGUGAAAUGGCUAAAAUGAUGGACAUGAAAGGAAGUUUCGAGAAUGUCAAUGACGAAUUUGCCAACUCAAAGAUAGCAGAAACAUUCUAUAAACUGUAUGACGACGACUGGGUUCAUAUGUUGAGAUGGUUCGGAACAAAUUUUAAAGCCAAGUCAGAGCUUGAAAUUAUACACCACCUUGCGGAGCUAAUGAGAUUUGGAUAUGAAGACUGUCUACGUUUGGCUACUUCGCAAAUUCGUCAAAUUUUCCUGCUGAAUGACCCUGAUCCAGACCCAGAUCAAAAACAGUACGAAGAGCUGUUUGCUUUAAGAAGACAAUAUGCACAAAAGGAAGCAGUAAGGACUAGAAUGAAACAAGCAGUAUGGGAAAAAUUAAUGAAGAUGGAAGACAUGACUGUUCUCAUGUUUGGGGAAAAUGGAAAACAAGCAACCGAAAGAUUACAGACAUUUUUCAACAAAUACAAUGAUUGCUGUUGGCUUAUGAUAGUUUCAAAUCCUCCUAUGGUGUUAAAUUUCAAUGUCAUUGGAACACCCCACGAAGAUUGUUCCGAACAUUUUAGGCCAUACUCACUUAAGAAACCAGUGACAGAUUCGACGAAAGAAGGUACGAUUUAUGAAGUCGUUUGGCCCAGUGUCUGUCUUCCAGACGGAUCAGCAUGUUACAAAAAGGGUGAUGUUGUGAUAGUAAAUGAGGGAAAGAAACCAAUGAGUGAAAUAGAUAAUCAUACCACGGAGGCACAAAGCUCACAGUCUGGCGGUGCUAGCUAUCCAUUAACCGAGACAAGUACGUCUGGCACAGGUACUAGUGACAGGAAAGAGAAAGACAAGAGACAUAGUGUUGUCUAAUAGAUACAUGAAAAACAAACAAACAUAGUAUGAGAAGUAUGACAAGUUAAUUAUUUAAAUGUCAGUGACAAGGUAUAAGUUAUUGUGUAUUAUAUUUAUGAUAUUCCUAUAAUCAGACAGUCCAGUUAUCAAAAGUCAGAUUACAAUAAAAAGAAUAGAAUAUUCAGAAAUACAAUUGAAACUCGUUAGCAUUAUAUUUGGUAGAGGUAAGUAAAAUAGUAGUUUUGUUUCAAUACAGGACUUACGUGUUUUAUUUUUUAAACGUAGCUGUUGCCAUCGUCUAUUUGUCAUUUGUAUUUUCGUUGUUUUCAACGGUUACCUUGUAGCAAAGAUAAAUUGUUCGAUUCGUUUAUUGAUUACUGCUCUAUGGUAACAACCUGAGAAUUGUAAAAAUGUGUGAAUUACUGUAAUGAUUGUAUUUUGCGAAAAUCUUUUUUAUAGUGUUAUAUUUGAGCAUUGUAGGACUAGUGGGCUGGCUGAUACUCCCUGACCGUUAAUAUACUUUGCGCCAUUAAUCGGAAAAUAAAUACCUUUAGGUGUUUUUCAACUUGAACAAAAUGUUUGUUGAAACACUAUUCAAGCGUAAAAGAGAUCCAUUGCCAAUUUUUCGCUAUAAUAUUUAUUCUUAUGUAGAAAGUCCCAAUCAGAUGCUUCUAAUUAAACUAAGUAAAUAAAUAAAUUGUUUAUAGAGAGCUUUAUUCAUCAUUAAGGUCCACUGGCACUGUGUUGUUUUUAUCUGAAGUAUUCAUUGUUAUCUUAAGAAUGAUUUUGCGUCACAUAACAAAAUAAAACCCACAAGAGUGGACUUUUACAUGUUUUAUCUAUACAACUUAUACAGAUAUCUUUGAUGGGUUACCGUUCAGAGGUUAUGUUCAGUUUACUGGUUAUGCGUGACCCUAUCUUUUCAUAGCGUCGUUUAUAUUUUACUUUUGAAGAGUAUGCCAACUUAAAGAUUUCCGAAAUAUUCUAUAAACUGCACGAUGAUGAUUGGCUUCAAGUCCACGAGGUGUUUAGAAAACUAGUAAGACAUACCAGAGCUUAAAAUUAUACACUAACUGAAAGGGCAAAUGAGGAUAAAAUAUCAGCAGUGUGUUGGCUGUAAAAGUCUAAGCGCACUCUGAAUCAGUGUUGUUAUAUUUUUCUGGUAUUUUCGGAUCAUGUAGUUAAUUCACUUUUACUAUGAUUUCGCUUAUGUCGGGGCCAGGAUCGUGAGGAGGUGUUGCACUUUCCGCUACCUCUCGUGAACAGACUCAAUCAAAAAGUCUGCUUUUAUUUUGUUAGGUUGUGCUCUAUUCAUAAUGAUUUUAUAAUGUUUACUUUCAAAAGUUGUGAAGACAGAAUCAUUAAAAUCUGUGCACAGUCAUAUAUCAAUGCAUUAUUUAAACAAACCCGCAUUAAAAUCAGUUGCAAUCGUUAUCAGUUGGGAUACGUAUAUAAAUGAAUGUAAAACAAGAUAUGACAUGAUCGCUUUUAUUGUUAUCUUUAUUUACAUUGUAUUUGAUAUUACUGGACUGCAGAGAUGAUAAUAGAGAAACAAAAACAAAAAAUAGGCAAAACAUAAUUCACUAAUUUCUCUAUACAACGUUGAUUAUGUUAAAAGCAGACGUUUAAUUAUACCCCGCCGAAGGUGGAGCGUUGUCUUUACGCCCGUCCGUCCGAAACGAUAUCUGUAGUAUGGUGUGGAUUAUCUAAAGAAACCCAAAGAGCUAUAAUUGCUUUUUUUGAGAAAACAUAGUAGAAAUGGGCUAUUUCCAAACAGACAUUAUUUCCGGAAUAUUUUUAUGAGUCUUUCGCUUUGAGUGAUGAUCAAUCUUUUGCAGCUUUUAUGCACCUGAAAUAUUAUGCGGAAUGUAAGAAAAUUGAUGACAGUAACUGAUGUUAUAGGGACUAAAGAUUGGUGCAGUUAUUACAGUCAUUUUCAAAUUAAAUUGGGACAGUUUGAUUUGCAUUACCAGUUUUUCCGUUUCUGUUGAUAAUUUGGUUCUUAUGUCCUAAAACUAUACUCAUAUAUCAGUAGAAAAUAGUGAUAUCAUGAAUUAUUUUAAUGUUACCAUGGAAACGAACCACUUGACCUUUAUAUCUAAAUGUAAAAUUUAAAGGCGUUUAGCUUUUUUAGCUCACCUGAGCCACAGGCUCAGGGUGAACUAUUGUGAUCGCUAGCCGUCCGGCGUCCGUCCGUCGUCCGUUUGUGCAUCCGUCCGUCCGGCGUCCGUCCGAACUUUCCUUUAAACAACAAACUUCACAGGGAUGAUCCUUGAAUGGUCUUCUUUAAAUGAUUUAAAAAAUUGAAUUCCAUAUAGAACUCUGGUUGCCAUGGCAACCGAAAGGAAAAACUUCAAAAAUCUUCUUGUCGUAAACCGCAAGGCCUAGGGCUUUGAUAUUUGGUAUGUAGCAUCAUCUAGUGGGACUCUACCAAGAUUGUUCAAACUAUCCCGUAGGGUCAAAUAUGGCCCCACCAAGGGGGCAUCUGGUUUAUAUAGACUUAAACUUCCUGUCCAAAUCCAUAAGCCUAGGGCUUUGAUAUUUAGUAUGUAGCAUCAUCUAUAGGGUUUUUACCAAGAUUGCUCAAAUUAUACCCUUAGGAUAUAAUAUUGCCCCAUCCUGGGGGUCACAUCUUUUCUAUAGACUUUUACAGGGGAAAAAUUGAAAAUCUUCUUGUCUAAAACAAUAGGGCAUAGGGCUUUGAUAUUCGGUAUGUAGCAUCAUAUAGUGGGCCUCUGCCACGAUUGUUCAAUUUAUCCCCCAAGGAUGAAAUAUGGCCCCGCCCGGGGGUGGUCACAUGGUUUAUAUAGACGUGCAUAUGAAAAAAACGUUAAAAAUCUUCUUGUCUGAAACCACAAGACCUAGGUUUUUGAUAUUUGGUAUGUAGCAUUGCCUUGUGGUUCUAUACCGAGAUUGUUCUAAUUCAUACCCUUGGGAGAAAAGAGGCCCUGCUACGGUAGUCCCAAGUUUUACACAGACAUAUAUAGGAAAAAUCUUUAAAAUCUUUUUGUCUGAAAUUGCAAGGCAUAUGCUUUUGAUAUUUGGUAUGUUGCAUUGCCCAGUGGUCCUCUACCAAGAUUAUUCAAAUUAUGCCCCCGAGUAAAAAAGGUCCCCACCCAGAGAGUCCCAAGUUUUACAUAGACUUACAUAGGAAAAUCUUUAAAAAAAUCUUCUUGCCUGAAACUGCAAGGCCUAUACUUUUGAUAUUUGGUAUGCUGCAUUGUCUAGUGCUCUCCUAACAAUAUUGUUCAAGGCCUAUGCCUUCGAUAUCUUGUAUCAUGUCUAGUUGAUCUCUAACAAGAUUGUUCGAAUUAUUCCCCUGAAGUGAAAAGAGGCCCCACUCCAGGGAUCACUUAAUAUAUAAGUUAUACAGGAAAAAUACUUCAAAAAUUAUCAGAUCAUAUUUCCUAGACUGUUUAAUUAUAUUUACCGGAUGACCCCCAAGUGUGACCUUGACCUACUUUCUUGUAUUUUAAGAUACAGCCUUGAAAUUUGGAUGAAAUGUACAGUUUUGCACACCAAUUUUAAAACUGACUCUCAGUGACCGUGAAUAUUACGUACUGACCUACUUUUUUUGUUUAAAAGCAAAAAAAUUUGUUCAAGCAAGCAAUUUAACCCGGUUGAGCGAUAUAGAGCCAUCAUGGCCCUCUUGUUAUUAGUAUUUUGACGCCAUCUAUGAGAACGAAAUUUACUAGCACAAUUUUUCAUAUAAAGUCAGAUGAGGAGUAGAUCUACUUACAGCCAGGCAGUAUUUAAUCUUUGAUAUUUGUUUGGUUUAAACAAUAUUUUAUUCAACAAAUAGCAUGUAAAUUACAAUACAUGUUACAAAAGCAAGGGAUCGAGUAGUAAGCUAAUAAGCUUUUUUAGAAACUCUUUCCCGUAAACAGGUACAUACUAAAUUACAGUUACAACAAUUAAUUGUAAGAUGCAUGCUUGCAGUCAAUUCUUUAUUAAAAUUUCAAAUUUGAAAUAUUUUUAAAAGUUCUGAAACUGGAGUUGACUGUGCACUAGUAAACUGCGGACAUGAAAUGAUAUUUUUAAUAAAUAAAUAUUUUCUAACUUUAAAAUAAUAUUAAAAAUUUAUGAAAAAGUUAAGAAUAUAUCUGCUCUAUUUUCCAGCACUUUAAUAUUUUAUUGCCAUUUUAUUACCUCCCCUUAUUACUGCUUCAAUGUCCCCUUUUCCGCCGUUUGACUGCAUUUUGUCUUUAAAUCGUAUUUUUGUGAAAGUUUUUAAUUUUUGAUUGUUUCUGUAAUAAUAUAUGUGUGAUUAGCUUUAAAAUUAAUGUUAUUUUACUAUUUAUAUAAUUAUAAAUAGAUCUAUUGUUAAUUCUCGCUUAUGCUAAUGUUUACUUCAAAAUUUAUCAUGUAGAUAUGUUGGGUUUUAUUUUUUCUCUGCUUCAUAUUGAAGAAAUAUGUUUUCGAUAAAUACCCACCGAAUCAUUUUGAUCCGUAUCUAUAUGUACAUUAAUACAAAUAUAUUCUGUAUUUGCGCUUUUUGUCACGUUGACGUUCGCGUCCAAAUGGACGUGACGUCGUUUGUAUUGUACGUUGUUAUUUCUGACGAAGACAUAAAGGUCGAAACUAGUAAAGAAUGUGUUGUCUUGGUAAUUUUAAAUCCUUUUAAUAAAUACAUAAAAAGAAGAAAAACAUAUUACUAACUUUAGAAAUAAAAUGUUUUGAACCUACAUUAUACAAGAAAGAUAAAUGUUUUAAAUAUUUUUUCUCAAAGAAAUAUGAUAAAAAAGCAAGAUGUGAGAUAUCUUAAACAUCUCUGUUGCCAUGGUUACUUUAAAAGUGGUCAAUCACAUUUGAACAACAUUUUAUGACAUUUUUUUAAUUUUCGUAUAUUCUGUUAGAGAUUUAUUUAAGGACCCAAACGACCUAUUACAUAGACUUAGAUCUAGAUCCCUAUUGGAAAUGUAUAAUUGUUUUACUUUUU